UUACAACUUAAGAGGGUGUACAUCCUGUGUCGUGCAGGCAAAAAGAACAGGCGAGAGAUCUUCGACAGUUCGACUUCAUGAAUUUUGAUGUUCAGAAGAGUUCGGAUACUUUUAUGGAUGAAGUUAAAGACAUUUUGGGGGGAAAUAGGCUUGAAGAUGUGACUUGGCUUUGUUCCCUCUCUGAGUCAGAGCUUGAUAUGCUGAUAAGCUUAAAGAUAAUGCUCAUCCAACGUGCAAAAGUAAUUGGCCAUGAAAGUCUAGCUGAAAAUUUUGAUCUGAAGAUACUUCGAGCCCUUGGGUUCAUUUUGAUGGAAUAUUUGAAAGGAAAGGGUAAGGAUUUAUCACUUGGUCCUGAUGACCCUGCUGCGUUUAUGGAUCACUGCAAAUUAUUGAAAUGUAAUGUUGAAGAAAUUGUGAGCCUAGAAGAAUUAAAGGCACUUAUUGGUCCCGACUCCAAGAAUAGACUGGCAAAAAGGCUUGAUAAAAUGAAACCCCAUCAUGGGGCUCAUGGGAUUCCAAUGGGAACAAAAAGGGGGAGGAGAUGGGGAUGAAGCCAAGAACUGGGAAUAAAAGUCUUUGUGGAUUUGUUAAGUCAUUUCUGCAAUCUUUCUUCCCACCUGACAUUUGAGAGCAUCAGUUUCUUGCUGACCAUGCUUGGUUUGUUUGUUCCAAGGAGCGCAUGGCAAUAAAGUGUAAAGGGGCCCCAAUGUUCACCAAGAUCUGUAAGAGGUGUCAUUUCAUCUUUCCUUUCCUUGUAGAACCACUCCAUCCAUAUAUGUCUAUUUAUUAGGUUACCAGAAGAAAAAAAAAAAAAAAGCUUGUGGCCUUGAGCACUUGAGAUGUCCCCAUUUGUUGUAAAGCCCACUUGCUUCCCACCCCAGAAGAUUUUUAUUAUUAUUUUCUUAUAAUUAAAAUCCCUAUCAGAGU